CGCGUAGCCGCCGUGUGUGACGGACAGAUGCCAAUGUCUGAGGCCGAAGCGAGCGGAGUUGCACAUAGUUUCUCGGGCGCCAAGUGCAUUCAAUUAACAUAAAAUGUAAUUAGAGACACUCCAUCUCGCGCGCUCUCUCCCCGAGUCUCUCUCCAUUCUCCAAAACGCUCUCAGUGCCUUUCUGGCCGCAUUAAUUAAAUGCAAACAAAAGUAAAGUGAGCAGCGCGACAAAACUAAAGGACAUUAAAGUGCCAGCGAACAAUUCAUGGAAUUCCCCAUUAAACGAGUGGUGGUGGCAAGUGCAGGUGGAAUCCAAUCGAGUUGCCCGGAAAUUGUCGCAAAUUAAAACCUUCAUAAAUUGGCGUGGCUGCUCGAGGAGGCGCCCCAUUUAGAGGCGCAUUGUGAAUGCAGCCUUUCACCCAGAAGUGGCGACAUGAAAAAGUACAAGUGUGCAUUCUAAGAAUAACAAACAACUCGAGUGAGAUAAAACCAGCAACUGCCACGGUACUACAGCGGUGCGAGUAUAAAGUGCUAACGUAAACACAGCCGGGCAAAAGGAGCGUAAGCAAACAUCGGAGCAGCCGGAAAAAGCGUUGAAGGUUGUCCCACCGAAUCCCUGCGGCUCUGACGUGUUGUGUUUGUGUAUUUGUGUGAGUGAUCCAAGUUGCAAGUUCCAAGUUCCAAAAUCCAAAAUACAAAAUCCAAGAGCCAAGAGCCAAAGGAGCCAAGAGCGGAAAAGCAAAGAAAUGUGCAAGUAAUGUGCAGCCAGGAAAGUGCAAUGCCAUCCAUAAAAUCCGCCGAAAGCGAGACUCUGCCUGGGAUUAUUAGGAGCGACAGCAUGACAAACGGCAGCUCCUUGAGGUCCUGUCUGCUGCUGGCCACCGUUCUGGGAUUACUCUGCGGGAGCGAGGCUCUGCCCUUUGAGUAUGUAGACGAGCACGACGACUUCAACUACGACCUGGACACCGCCCAGUCCCAGGCCAAGUACGACGCCCGCCUGCUCUCGCAGCAGAUGCUCAGCGACGCGGAGCUGCAGCGCCAGGAUAACGGCUUGGAGCCCGGCUCGCCACGAGCUCAGGGGAUUGGCGCGGCUUCCGUCGCGGACGGUGCGGAUGGAAGCCCCACGGAGGAGGACCUAGAGCCGCACAGCCGGGCAGCGGCUUGCUUCACCAACGGACACAAGUACACGCACGGCCAGAAGGUGCCCCGCCUGGAUGCCUGUGAGGUGUGCCUCUGCAUGGACGGCGAGAUCUUCUGCUGGUGGGAGAAAUGCGAUAAGGCCAGUGCAAACAAGGCGAAGGCAGUGGCGUCAGGAAGUGGUGUUGGCCAGGACGGCGUCGUUGGUGGCAAUGGCGAUGGUAAUGUAGACGGUGAUGGGGAUGGCGAGGGUGAGGCUGAGGCUGAGGGUGACUAUUCAGAUCCAUAUCGCUACCAGAGCACAACGGGAAAGUCAACAAAAGUGCAUAAAGCGGCUAGGAAAGUUGGCAAGCGGCAUAAGCAUCGCAAGAAUCAAAAGAAUUUUAAUGACUACGAAGUUUACCACAGCCACAGGCAGAAGCAGCCGGAUUAUAAAAAGUCCGCCGUAAAGCAACAGCUCCAGCAGAAGCAGAAGCACCAGAGUGACGGCGGUGGCAACUACAAUAUAAUCAAGCAACACAAACACGAGCUACAGCACAAGUUGCCGGAGCAGGAGCAGGAUCAGGAGCAGGAGCAGAAGCAGGAGCAUCGGAGUGCGUCCGACUUGGCUGUUAAUCAGGCGGCAAAGGCAACGCAUUAUCAGCCACCAGCUCCGUCUCCGCCCCCGCAUCAGCACCAGCAUGAGCAUCAGCAGCAGCAGCAGCAGCAGCAACACCAUCCCCACCAGGCCCAGCAUUCGUCCAGCAAAAUCCUGAAUUUCCCCGAAAACUUGCCAUCUCUGCUCUACUACGACUACAAGACCGAGGAGCAUGAGCAUCACCAGCACCAACACCACCAGCAGCACUUGCUCCACGAGAAGCAGCGCCUCUUGCAGCAGCAACAAGAGGCGUUGGCACGACAAAAGGCGCCACUGGUGGCUGAAGUCGGUCCAGGACCCGCACUCGGAGCAGAGGCAGGCGUUGAGCUCCGCACCAACUUUGGCAGCGAUAAAAACCCUGAUGAGGCGGAAACAGACAGCGAUAUUCUGCCGGAGCCGCCAACAAAGCGGCCAAAGGCAGCUCCCACACAAUGGCCAGCGCAGGCGUUGAUGACAACCCGGGCAGGAGCAGCAAGCGGACCAGCAGCAGCCGGAGCAGCAUCAGCCACGUUUGCGACAACGACAACGACAGCAGCAGCAGCAACAUCAGCAACGACAGCGACAACGAAGGCAGCGACAAGAACAAAUGAAAUGGUGACAAGCACGAUGUCUAGUGCCACAGUGGCAGCCACAAAUCUGCAACCUGAUCGCCGUGGAUAUGACGCGGAGGAGGUCGACGACGCCUUCCACCGAUGGCUGACGUCCACGGAGCUCAAUGCUGACAACACAAACUCGCUAGACGACAACUCGGAACAGGAAACGCCAGCGUCGACAAUAAUCGAUGAUGUUGGCACGACCAACAGGAGCGAGGAGAGGGCCGUCCUGGCCAAAGACAAUGGCAGCGAUGCCGUCUUCUUUCGCAGCUCGUACAACGAUUACAGCAGCGAAUUCAAUGGGAGCGUUGUCAAUAUUGACAUUACACUAACUGCAGUUGAUGUGCAUCCCCAUCGCCAAACGGAUUUAAUUGCAAAUGGCAACAGAACGUCAGGCGUUAACGACAAUGGCAGCAGCAUCACCACCAGCAUCAGCAGCAGCAGCAUCAGCAGCAGCAGCAAUGGAACAGCAGGGAAAACAAUGGACCCAGAAGCAGCCAGGAGCAGAAGCAGGGGCGGCAGUGUCAGCAAUCAGGAUCAGCCCCAGCCCCGGCAGAGCACUGCUCCUCCGCCGUUCACCCUGACAACGAUUAUAACAACAACGCCGCCGGCACCAGGGCGUAUGUGCAAUGUUUUGGGCAAACUGUAUAAAAUUGGCGACAUUCUGCCACAGGAUACGGGCAACUGUCUGCAGUGCAUUUGCACGGAUGCCGUGACACCUGACGAGAUGCCGAGCGUCACCUGCAGUCCGCACAAUUGCCCGCCGCUGGUGCUGCCGGAUCUGUUCGACGCGACUGGCUACUGAGGUUACGGGUUGGUGCUGUAAGUUGCCCAGGACCGAGGACCGAGGACCGAGGACCCAGAACCAUAACCAGGACCCUGCGGGUGCUUGGGCGGCAGGUGUUGGAAUUUUUAAAUGGAUCGAAUCGUGAUUUAAGCCCGAAACGGAAACCACAACUACAGCAGGCCGCAGGAUACGGGGCUGAAGAGCUCACAGUUCACUCGCACAGUCACUCACUCCCACAUAUUGCAUGUCAAGGUCUCAACUAACUCAGCAUAAUCGUAUGGAUUUCAGUGUAAAGCCCUCCCUAUCACGAGUGCCGCGAGCACUCUCUAAACCGAAUACCUAUCAGCAAGCAUAUACUAUACUCGUAUUGGACUAUAAAUAUAUACUUAUAUAUCAGAUCAAAUCAGACCAGAGUGGGGAGCAGAACGCAGGAUGGGGCGCAGUCUAGGUUUUAAUGCAUUUUAUAAGAACGCAAUGUCAUCUCUCUCCCCAAUAUAGUUGAUCGAGUCCCGACAAGAAACAAUUGAAUUGAAUGUAUACAGCAGUAGAAAUUUUAAAGAAUUUAUAGAUGUACCACACCAGAAACAUAUAUAUAUAUAUAUAUACAUACAUAUAUCUACCGAUGUCUAUACCUACAUUUGUGUGUAUUGAAUUCAGUUCAGGAAGCAUUCACGAAUUAUUUCCCGACUGAGACAAAGGCGUGCACAGGCUUUCAAUAUAUCCAGCAAAGGGGGAAAAACGAAGCGGAAAAACUUAUACAAACAAAGGCGACUAAAUCUAUAGCGAAGAAAAAAACAAACUGAAAAACUGAACAAUGACAAAUAAUGAACAAACGUGUGUAAUAUUUUAAUUUGUAUAUUAAAAGCAAACAACUUAUUCCUGAUUUGCAUGCAAAUACCCUCAUUGUUUCGCGCUUCUUUUAGGCAUUUAAAAAUACGUAAUCUACGGAAACGAAUACCAGACAUUAUGCGAUGUAUAUGUAUAUGGAAGUUGUUUUAACAAAGCUGAACGUGGCAAAGGAAGACACCAUAUCGAGUAGUAAUAACAUUUUAAGCGUAAACCCUAAUUAUAAACCCUAAAAAUAAAUAUAUAUAUACUUAGAAACUGUCAUAUAUACAUAGAUUCAGUGAAUUUCAAAUUUACAGCAAUUCCCCGAAAGUGUAUUAUUAUUCCCUUGGUUUCUAGUGGCAAGGACAGCAUUUAUUUCAAAGCUAGUUUAGGCGUGAUAAACAUUGGUUCAUUCGGAAAGGGUUAAGUUAAGCGAAAUACAUACAUAUAUACUUGAAAAGUAGAAAACAAUUUUGAUUGUAAGGGAAAUCAUCGAAGAGAGAUUCGAACCAGUUUCCGUAAGAUGUAGACGGGGUCAAAUGGAACUAUAUAGACAUAUGGAACUUUGAAAUCAAAACGCAUAAUAUACGUACAGAUACACACAUACAUAUAUGUAUACAUAUAUACCGGAAGAACACACAGCAUAAAGUAUAAAUAUUUAUUAUUGAUGUUCCACAAGAGCAAACAGAAGAGCAACAAAUACAAAAAACAUUAAAAAACCUUGAAAGAAAUAGAACAAAUUCAUCUUGGUCCAGGCGUAUUAAAAAUGUAUACAAAACUAUAAUAUGCGUAUAUAUUGUAUGUGUAAAAUAAAUGUAACUACAACUCUCAACUAAUCCACACACCCACACGCAGAGCCACUAGCAUCGCUGUGUGUUUAAAUGGAAAUUGUGUUUGAAAUCAAAUUGACAUGAA